UGUCUUGCACUCUCCCAAGUGCUUAGUACAGUGCUCUGCACACAGUAAGUGCUCAAUAAAUACCACUGAUCAAUCGAUUGGUUGACUAAUUUGAGAACGGGCUACUUGCUCUGAGGAAAGAUAACGUUUCUUUACCUACCUCAUGAGUAGCAGGCCUGCCACGUAAUAUCCUUUCUUAUUUUUAUUCUUAAAAAAAAAAAAAGGGUGACCUUGUUUCCUUCACUUUUAGGAUUUAAACUCUGAGACUCAAAGUGGCCUCUAACGAUCUCUUAUACAACAGCAAAUGAUUGGGGUCUUUUUCUGUAGAAAAGAAUGGGGAAUAGGAGUGACAGGAGAUAUCAUUAAGCAGUCAACAGUAAAGGAAGAUCAGUCAAUGCUAUUUACUGAGCAUUUACUCUGUGAGAUCACUGGACUAAGCCCUUGGAAAAGUACAAAGACUAAGCCUUAGCCUCAGGGAGAAGACAUUUUAGAGAGUCAGUCUGUCUCUGCCACUUCCUGGCCCCUGCUCUUCUUCUCCAGCCCUUCUCUCUGAGACCAGUAUCAUUAAAAAACCUCCACACCCUUUCUUCUCAUCCACCCCAGCUACCAGGCAGGCUCAGAUGAGGAUUGUCGAGGUUCCAGGCCCUUUCUCUCCCCUCUCCGAUCCUCUCACUCCUCUUUCUUGUAGCCCAUCAUGGCUUCCACUUGGAAUGUACUACAAGGAGAUGUCUUCACCCCUUCGGGUGAAAAACUUCUGGAAAUAGCCCAUGUUUGGAAGACUGGGAAGAAAAAAAAGACCGCGGUACUCUGUAUCAUAGUGGGCGCCAGUCUACCUGUGCAGUUGUUCCUGGUGAAGGUGAGAAGGGCAGAUCGAGGUGAGCAGUAUAAGAGGACUGACAAGUGGCCCUUGAAAGAUCUGAAGCUGGUAGAUGGAAAGCAAGCCAAUCAGGAAACUCCUGAAUUCGAUCUGCGGUUCGAUAAGAUUUACAGAUGGACAGCCAGCAGCUCUGAUGAGAAGAACACGCUUCUCCGCUGCUUGUGGAAGCUGAACCGGCGUCACCUCUCGGGCAGGAUUGCAUUUGUCAAUGUUCCCUUGGAAUCGGUGGAAGGGUACCAGAGGCUGCAGGAAGAGCGAAAGGCCGAUUCGGAGUUCACAGUACCGGAAGAAGAGACGGAGUACCAGGAGAUGACCCCCAAGGAAUCUGCUGAUAUGCUGAAACUGAUGGAGGAAUACGAACCGCUAGUGAGCAACUCGGUGGCUUUCGUGGAGCGCCUUAGUCGAGAUCUUCAGCUGUUGGAUGAGGCCAACCUGCAGUCUGUCAUCUCCUCCGAGCAGCAGGUGGCCCAGCUCGUGGGCUUCAUCGACGAAGCCCUCGAGGAGGUUGCCGACGUGGAGGAAACCCUGCAGAUCUACGAGAAGCUCCUGGGCACCAUGAAACAGCAGAUGGAUCACAUUCAGCGGCGGAACUCCUUUCUGCAGCUCAUCGAUACCAACCAAGAGAAACUGAUGAAUGAGAUCCUCUUCCUUGUGGAUAAACUGAAUCUUAGCACAAAGCACUACGAGGCGCUGAGCAGCGGGGAUCUGUCCACUCCCAAGAAAGUGAAAGCCUGCAGUGCUGCCGUGGGAGCCCUCACGUCCUGUAUGAACGUCCAGAUUCAGCCGGCUUACAGGAAACUGCAGGCUGUAGCAGAACAGCUAAUCAAGUUUGAAACUCUCCGACAAAACUUCGAAAACGGCUUUGUCAGCCACAUUGUCAACAUUUUCGAACAGCAGGGGAGGGGUCACGUCUCCUGGGUGAUGCGACCAGAGAGGAAGCUGAUCGUCCCUAGCCAUGGGGACCGCCACCGGGAUCUGUUGCUCUUUGUCCCCCUUAUGACCUGGCUGAAGAAUACCAACCCGGCCCUGUUUCAAGACUUGCCAAAGGUCUAUACCAGAAACCUCAGCAAACUCUACGAGAGGCAAAUCAGGCUGUUUUUUGAGCGGGCGAGAAUGCUGCUAGAGAGACCAAAAGAAAGUUCACAUGAAGGAUUAGACAAACUGGCGAAUUCACCAGCCAAUGAUCCUAGUCCACCCCGGAGAAGCUCCUUAGCUGACAGCGUGGAUGGAGAGGGAGAAGAAUCGGACCGAGGAAACAUGGGAAAAAUCUUGGAGCGUAUUCUGAGAGAGCUGGAACCUUUGUAUACCGCCGAGCAGACGUUCAUCACCAAAUUCUUCUUGCCGAACCAAGAUGGUCACCAGGAGAUCCUUGAUCCAAAUGAGGUGAACCUGGCAUCUUUGGCAGCGUCUCGCCACACCAGAACGACGCCCCAGCUGGAUGAAAGCAUAAUCCAGAUGCUGAAAGAGAUCUUUGCUUCUCUUGAGUCGGAACUGAAAAACUUUAUCGGUGCUUGCCAAAGAGUUCACCAGUUCAGCUUCCUUCAAAUCCUGGUCACCUUGAACGAUUAUUCGUCUGAUGCCCGCGCCACUCCGUCGACUUCCUCCUCGGCUUUCUUCGUCUCCGUCCUCAGUCAGAUCCUUUACCAGGCCCGAUCUACUUUCGGUAACCGUGUGGCUUCCUUGUGCAAGGAGAUUGAGGAUGCGAAGGUUUCCGGCAAGAUGAGGCUUGGUGUUCUGCCGUUCAUCAGUCGCUUUGAGGAAUUUGUCACGGUUUCCGAAGACGCGUUCAAAUCGACUAAGAGGAGAGAAGAUCUUGACAGGGCUCAUGGCAAGCUGAUAGGCUUGGUCUUCAAGAGCAUUGAUAAGCUGUCCUCCACAAACCUGAAGAUCAAUGCAGACAUGGUCAAGAUGGAGAAUUUCCACCACAUUCAUUGCUUUCUCUCCCAAAUGAAAAUCCAGAUCUUAGAAGACCGAAGGAAGGAGGCAAAGAAGAGGUACAGUGAGCAUUUGGACAGGUAUGUCAUCAAAUACCUGGGCCAGCCACUGGAGAAACUAAAUUGUUUCUUCGAUGGCGUGAAAACCCGUUUGGCCCAGGGGGUGAAAGAGGAGGAAGUGAGUUUCCAGCUAGCGUACAGCAAGCAAGAACUCCGGAAGGUGAUUGAGAAGUAUCCUGGCAAGGAGGUGAAGAGGUCCUUAGAGGUGCUUUAUAAGAAGAUUAUCAAACAUCUCUCCCCAGAAGAAAACCUGUUACCCUUGGUCUGGCACGCCAUGGAGAAAGAAGUCCUGCAGCAGUACCAUGAGUUUGACCAUCUGAUUCAUCGCUGCUACCAGGGAUCAGGAAUCGCUCUGGACUUCUCAGUGGAGGACUUACUUGAAUAUUUUGAGACCAUCACUCAAUCCAAUUUGUAACAAGGCCUUCUGGGAUGGAUCCCCAUUCAGAUGAGGUAACUGAGGCACAGAGAAGUGAAUUGAUUUGCCCAAGGCCAAACAGCAGGCGACUGCCAAAUUCAGGAUUAGAACCCUUGACCUUCCGAUUCCCAGGACCGUGUGCUAUCCACUGCACCAUACUGCUUCCCUCAUCCCAGGACUGUGCUGAGCUGAUGCCUGCGGUUGCAUGUUCACAAGCCACAUUUCAGAUGCGUAUAAUCUCCCCUCUCCAGCCCUCUGCCCUUAGCAACUUUUCAUGUUAUUGUUCAUGCCAGAUGCCCCAGAUACUGUUUAAUGUUUCACUUAGGGCACGUGGAAAGUCAGAAGACUUUAAAAUAAAAGAUAUUUCAAUGUGAUGUUCAA